GUCAUGUUCCCCUCAGGUUGCGCUCCCUGGCUCAUUGCCAUCUUGGUCUUACCAGCGGCCUUUACGAUAAUCGGUCUGCAGGUAUUCAACGGUACCUUGGACGUAAUCGGGCAACUGUCAGCAUCUUCGUCGCAUGCACUGCGCACGGUAUACACAGGUUUAGGGCCUGUAGAUGAAGUGUUGACUAACCUUGUGCUGUUCUUUUGGAAUGUCGUUGACGGGACAUAUCCACCGAUUGCCCUUUUUGCCCUAUGGAUGGCCGGGCAAAUUGUCUGUGUCUUGGUUGUCACCAUGUUGGAAGGAUACAGAAAGGUUAAUCAUAAAAAAGCCAUUUCCUAUUUUACAAUCUGGGGCGUCCUCUACCAGAAUAUUCCAUGGGGAGUCAUGAUGCCCGUGUAUUAUGCCCUUCAUUUGGUAACUUCGCCGACAGCUCACUCUACGCAUGUCAAAAGCAAAAGAGAGCUGGUGCAAUUCGACAAUUCAGCCCUGCGUGUGCUACCUUGGUCUGUAUUGAUAGGCUGCAUUGUACCGACAGCUCUAAUGGCUCUCCCCUCGUCGCAGCUUAUUAGCCAUGAUCUACACCAGCUUUUCGUUGUUAUUUGGCAACCAUUUCCAGUAUGGGUUGGAUUGUGUCAAGCCAUUUGCACCACAGACGUUCCACAGAGCAAUCUUCCAGAAAAAAAGGCAGUGGAGACAUCUCGGAAAACGAUCAACAAAAUCUGUACUCUCUGCCUCCGCUUGGCAGUUCUUGUCAACGCAUUUUUAGGGUACUUGAUCGUGUUUGCAGAAAACUACUCUUGGGGAAAUUCGUUCGGCGAAGCAAACCUCAUACAAAAAUUCACCCAGGUCUUCAUCCCCGUUCCACUCGCCGACAAAGUGACUGUAGAGUCUUUGCCCAAGGGAUGCCUGGCGCUUCUGCAAUACGAUGCAUAUUUUGCCUGCGGUGCCGCGCUGAUCUGGGCAUGUGUUUUGUAUCGUCGGCUGGUUGGGAACUUGACCUUGUCGGAUUUCGCAGGGUGGAUUCUACAAGCCCAUCAACACCGCCAGCAGCAGGCUCUGUCGUCGCUUGAUGAAUCCGUUUCUAUGACCCGCCAUGGGUCGCCCGCGCUUGACUCAUAUCCGGGGAGAAUGGCCCUCAGUCGCACGCAUCUCUUGCUGGCAGCUGCCAGCGGCUGCAUCUCCUGGGGCCUGGUGGUCAAUUGGCUUCCCUUCGCGCGAUAUCUCGGACACGCUUUUAUAACGGGGAUUUUGUUCGCCAGCUUGGUUUCGGUCGGUGCAGCAUUGCUCACCAUCAAAACAAAGGCCGACAAUGCUAGCAAAACACGGACUGCUCCAGCUGUUGCGUUUCUGGCACCGGGCACUUGGUCCAAAGAAGUGGCCGCCUACCGAAAAAAUGUGACUUACGAGCCAAAGUCCCUGUAUCCCGAAUCCUUUGUGGUUUCCGAAGGCAUUGACGAACUCCUUCAGCUGGCUUCUAGAGACUUUAUCGCGUCCUGGUAUAAGAACAUUAGCCGCAGUCCAAAGUUCGUUCAUGAGGUGGACAAGGCCUUGCGUUCAGCGAUCGGCAAUCUCCGGGAUAGGUUGAUGAGCGAGGACGUGACAUCUCUCGUUGUGGCUCGUAUUGUGCCCAUUUUAACCGCCCAUCUGAAAGAGUUUGAUCGCGCCGAAAGGGCCGUUCGAGGUAGGAACUUGGCACGGAGCGUGACGGAAUCGGAGGAAUUGGAUCUGGCAAUAGCGAGCAAAUACCGUGAGGGCAGACUCCACCCAGCCGCAGCAGUAUCUCUCACGGAUCAGAAAUCAACUCAGCAGGAAUACGCGCGCAAGCUUGUCAUUGGGCUUCUUCCACAGCUUCUUCCGGAAAACCUCUUGAAAAGCCGUGCUGUUUCCGUCUUGGUAAGAGAGAUUGUAGCAUGUGCUGUGCUAUUUCCUAUUGUCACUCUACUGUCCGACCCAGAUACUUGGAACCAGUUGAUGGAGACUUAUGGGCGUACAGCGUUGCAUGAUCGUAAGACGGUGCGCAAGCUUCGCGCAGCGCUUGAUGAACAUGCCUCUCCUGUUUCGAAAACAAAGCAGGCCUCAUCUUUUCCCAGACUGUCGCCGAAUGACUCGGAACGGGCAUUCGAACGCUUUGUCAGGGCUAUCCGACGCUGCAACAACAUAUCCGAUGCUAGGCAGUUCCGCGCUCAGGUAGCGAGUCAACUGAAACGAGAGAGCAUGGUGGAGGGACAAGACCAAGUCUAUCUCCGACGCCUCGAGACUGGUAAGAGAGUUCUUGAUCAGAAAGUCGCCAAACUUGUGGCCAGUGGUAGUGUUCCUCGCCCAGUACCAUUACGCCCCGAAAUCCGCCGUGAAAGCGUGCCUAAUGUGCAGGACGUGUCAUUGGUAGAUUUGAUGCAUAACAUUUCGGGCCUAUCAUACUUUAUGGAAUUUAUGGAUCGCCAGCAACGAAUGUCACUGGUACAGUUUUGGAUCGUUGUUGAUGGCAUUCGGACUCCUCUCGAAGAUGAUUUCGGUGACGACGCCGCUGCUUCUUCGUCAUCUUCAAACACUACCUGGACAUCGACGGAAGUGAGUGACAUGAUACUUAUCAAUGAAAGUUAUCUGUCGAAACCGGAAUUGAAUGUGCCAGAAGAGUCCCGCAACGCCGUAAAGGCCUUUUUGAAAAUGGGAAAAAAGGCCACACCUGAACAAUAUCGAAAGGCGCGAACUGCUAUCUUAACAACUCAAUCCAUCAUUCUGGAAGAGUUGGAGCACAAGUAUUACCCGAAGUUCAAGACCUCUGACCUUUAUUACAAAUACCUAUCCUCUGAUGAAGGUGCAACAACCGCGGUUCAACAGCCUGACCCAGCACCACCAACAACGACUACCGCGCAUGAACCUUCAGAAAGACGGCCCCUUCCGCCUCUCAUAACACGGACCAUGUCCCAACCUAAUUUGCCGAAAGCAAAAGACCUUCGCAAGGCAGUGGUAUCUAGUGAUAUGCGAGGUAGUGCCAGUAAACUUUUUGAUGAUGGGGAUACUUCUCCGAGGCGCUCAUUUGACUCUGAAAGAUCGGCCCCGCUAUUCGAGGAUGAUCACGAUACUGAUCCCUCUCAAAUCCUUGGUUCCGGCUCUCAAAAUGGCGAUGGUGAUGCUAGCAAAAACCAAGUUAUCGAAACUAUGGAGCAAGCACUCAACGAUAUCAUUACAAGCGAGCCAAGUAAUGGGAAAUUCGAAGAUCCCAAACCGACCGGUCUCAUGCCCUCGUCAAUGCCUUUUCCUAAUGACAGAGAACAAGCUUCACCACGCAGCUCUUCAGAGAUUCCUCGAACCGAGAUACGAGUGGGAGAUAAAGGCAAGCCCAGUAUAUCCUCGCUUGGCCUGAUUGGGCCUUCUACACGUACGACUGUGUUUGAGGACGAGCUCUUCCCCGAUGAAAAGAAAUUUAUUGAAGACGAAUACGCCGACCCGGACAAGGAUGAAAAAGAUCCUGCAGACGAGAUCCAUCAAGCGGCUCCCGGGGAUCUUGGACUUGCAGAAGCCAUUACAGCACUAGCUGAGGAUAUUGAGAAAUUGGCUGCACAGGAAUCCGUUGUGGAGACUCUGACACGAAAAGCGGAACUAACGAAUAACACGGCCGAACUACGAAUAUUGGGAAAGUCCAAGGCAAGCAUUCAUCGCGAAAUCCGGCGAAAGGAAAUGCAAAAACAGCAAUAUAUUAUCCAGGAGAGUGACAACAGUCUCUAUGGCCGAUCCACUGUACAGAUAAAAUCCAUCAUGGUGGGUAAAGAGGAGGAUGGGCACGAAUUUGCACUGUACGUGAUUGAAGUGCGGCGAAUAGCUGGAGAACAGAUGCCUGCAGCGUCAUGGGCUGUACCUCGCCGAUACAGUGAAUUCCAUGAACUCCACCAAAAGCUACGAAUGCGAUACCCCUCUGUACGGCAGCUCGAGUUUCCGCGUAGGCGCAUGAUGAUGAAGCUGCAAAAGGACUUUCUACAGAAACGGCGUUCUGCGCUUGAAACGUAUCUGCAGCAAUUACUUUUGCUACCGGAAGUAUGUCGGAGUCGAGAUUUGCGAGCAUUUCUUUCGCAGCAAGCUAUUUUACCUCAUGGUGAACCGGCCACGGCAGAUGGGGAGACUAAGGAUAUUGUGACUCGCAUAUACAACUCGGUUGCUGACGGCAUGGAUGACUUUUUGGGCAAUAUUGCUAUGCUGGACCAGCUCUCGACGGCUGGUCAGAACCUCAUCUCUGCGGCUACCAGCCAGCUUAGUGGGCCGGAGUCUGCUUCUCUUGUAACGGAAGACUCAGUAACGGCAGCCGAGGCAGAAGCCGAGCUGAACGCGUUUGAUGACCGCGAGCUAGAGCCGUUUGUCACACCUAUCUGCGAUCUAUUCUUGGAAGCGUUCGAACUGAACCGAGGCAACAACUGGCUCCGCGGGCGCGCCGUAGUCGUGGUGCUACACCAGCUUCUGGGUAGCACGAUUGAACGAAAAGUGCGUGAUACGACUAAAGCAUUUAUGCAGGACGAUUCUCUCCUUCGCUACAUUACCCUUGCCAAAGACACGCUCUGGCCCGGAGGCUCCUUGAGGACGCCUGUGGUCCGAACACCGUCCCAGAAAUCCAAAACACGCAACGAAGCCAGCUUCAUGCUGGCCGCUCUUAUCCCGGACUUGGCAGGAAACGUUGUCGGCAGAGCCAACGCCCAAGCGGCAGCUCGCAGACUAUUUGCAGCGCUGAACAACCCACGCCUGAAUGCUCAUUUGGUCUUUACGAUUCUUGACGAAGUAGUGCUUGUACUGUUUGGGGGGCCGGAGACUCGACGUCCUCGGCUGCCUCGGCAGAGUAGCGUUUAA